AUGGCCUCCCCUGCUAUUACAAUUAACCAGAUCCUGGCUGCGGCUCCCGCCACAACCCGUGGCCAGCCGACGCAGCUGUCGACGGACAGCAAGGGCCAGCGCAUAGCUUACGCGUCUGGAAAAUCCAUCUUUGUCCGAUCCAUCGACUCGCCCGACGACUGCAAGGAAUACACCGGCCACACCGCCGCCACGACCGUCGCCCGCUUCGCCCCCAACGGCUUCAAGGUCGCCAGCGGUGACGCCGCCGGCACCCUGCGCGUCUGGGAGCCCGAGAGCAUCGGCAACGCCGGCAAGGAGUACAGCAUCAUCUCGGGCCGCCUCAACGACAUUGCCUGGGACGGCGAGUCGCAGCGCAUCAUUGCCGUCGGCGACGGCCGCGAGCAGUUUGGCCGCUGCAUCACCGCCGACAGCGGCAACUCGGUCGGCGAGGUCAUUGGCCACAGCAAGGCCGUCAACGCCGUCGCCAUGAAGAGCCAGCGGCCCUUCCGCGCCGCCACCGUCGGCGACGACGGCAACAUGGUCUUCUACCACGGCGCCCCCUACAAGUUCAACGACAAGAGCACUCAGCACAGGGGCUUCGUCUUUGCCGCGGCGUACUCGCCCGACGGCAGCGCCCUGGUCACGGUCGGCGCGGACAAGCGCAUCCAGCUGUACGACGGCAAGACGGGCGAGCCAGGCAAGCAGAUUGGCGAGGGCGAGCACACAGGCUCCAUCUUUGCCGUGUCGUGGUCGCAGGACGGCAAGAAGAUUGCCACGGCGAGCGCGGACCAGAGCGUCAAGGUCUGGGAUGUCGAGUCGGGCAAGGCCACGCAGAGCUGGAAGUUUGGCGACGGUGUCAGUGUCGGCGACCAGCAGGUUGGCGUGGUUAUCCCCCACGGCCGUAGUGAUGGUCUCAUCAUCAGCUUGAACUUGCGAGGCGAGCUCACCUAUCUGCAAGAGGGCAAAGACGAGGCUGUGAGAGUGGUCCAGGGUCACGACAAAGGCAUCACUACCAUGAUCCGCACGUCGGAUAACAAGGGCGCGGCGUUGUGGACGGGCAGCUUCGACGGCCGCGUCUGCCACUGGGACAUCAAGACCGGUACCGCUACAGUCGUCGACGGCCAGUCGCACACGAACCAGAUCGCCCAGCUGGCUGGUGCAUCUGGCAAGGCAUACAGCGCUGGCUGGGAUGAUACGCUCAGAACGGUGGACGAGGCCGCCAAGACGUUCCUCGGCGAGAGCGUCACCCUGCCCGCCCAGCCCAAGGGUGUUGCUGCGGUGGAUGGCAUCGUAUACGUCGCUACGAUAUCGGGUGUCGCCGCUUAUAGCAACGGAAAGCUGCUCAAAGAAACGUCCACCACAUACACACCAGGCGCGAUUGCGGCCGCCAAUGGCUUCGUCGCCGUCGGCGCCGACCAAAACUCGGUCAAGGUGUACAAGGCCGACUCGAGCGGCGCGCUGCAAGAGGUCCAGAGUCUCGCCAACUCGACAGGCGCCGUUUCCUCGCUCGCCUUUUCCCACGACGGCGCGCACCUGGCCGCGGGCAACAGCGUCGGCAAGAUUUACGUGUACAAGGUCGGCGGCGAGUGGGAGGUGGUGGCGGACCGCUGGUCGGCGCACACGGCCCGCGUCACCUGCAUCACCUGGGACGACACGGGCGCGUACGCGGCCAGCGGCAGCCUCGAUACCAACGUGUUUGUCUGGUGCCUCGAGAAGAAGAACCAGGGCAAGCGCAUCAAGGCGGCCAAUGCCCACAAGGACGGCGUCAGCGGCGUGGCGUGGAUCGAGGGCGGCAGGCUUGCGAGCGCGGGUAACGACGCGACGGUCAAGAUUUGGGAUGUGCAAAACUUGCCAUAG